GCGCUGAUAAUCGUCCAGCCUCAUCAAAUCAUCCAUCGCACUCUUCGGUCCUUACGCUCUCCCACGCUUAGGCCAUGACUACUACAUUGGCUAGUACAGUGCUGUCGCUAGUACUUAUGUGCUUUAGCCUCGUAUCCAAGUCUUACCUCGAUCGUCGUCUUUAUAAUCUCACUCCAGUCUCAGUCACACAAAGUUCCCCUCCAUCAUCAUGUUUCGCACCAAUGUCUCUCCCAAUGACCCUGCAGAGGAACAUCCCACAAUCGGUUUGAUCGGAAUGGGUGCAAUGGGCGCUAUGUAUGCGAAGCACCUCUCAAACGCAGGCUGGAAAAAAAUCAGCGUCUGUGAUAUUCCCGCUAAAUUUGAAUCCUUGAAACUCCAAUACGCAGACGUUCCUGGUAUAACCGUCCAUCAAGAUGGACACGCAGUUUCCAGAAUUUCAGACUUCAUAAUGUACUCCGUGGAGGCCGAGUACAUCGACCGUGUCGUUUCACAGUACGGACCUUCAACUAAAGUCGGUGCAAUCGUCUCUGGCCAAACCUCCGUCAAAGCCCCCGAGAAGGACGCAUUUGAAAAGUAUCUCCCUCCGGAUGUCCAUAUCGUGUCCCUUCAUUCUCUUCAUGGCCCCUCCGUUUCCCCAGAAGGGCAACCCUUGGUUCUCAUACAACACCGCGCUCCAGACUCCUCUCUUCAUCUAGUCGAAAACAUCUUCCGCUGCUUCGGUUCACGUUUCGUAUAUUUGACAUACGAAGACCACGACCUCGUUACCGCCAAUGUACAAGCGGUCACACACGCUGCCUUCCUCACCAUGGGCACAGCCUGGGCUAGCCAGCGCGCGUAUCCCUGGGAACAGGGCCAAUACGUCGGAGGAAUUGAAACUGUCAAAGUAAACAUCAUGCUUCGCAUUUACGCGAACAAGUGGCACGUUUACGCAGGCCUCGCCAUCCUCAAUCCCUUCGCCCGCAUACAGAUCGACCAAUACGCUUCCUCUGCAACCGCCCUCUUCAAGCUUAUGCUCGCAGGCGACGAACAAGGCCUCCGCACCCGCAUCUACGACGCACGUGAACAAGUCUUUGGCACAGUCAAAAUAGAGCGUGCGCCAAUAUUCCUAACUGAAGACGUCCUUGAUCAGUUCACCAUCGGCGGUCAUCCAAAGCUUAACGGCAGUCCAACAUCCCCGUCUGCGCCCCCAUCAAACUCCCACCUCGCACUCCUUGCCAUGGUCGACUGCUGGGCCCACCUCAAAAUUCAACCGUUCGACCACCUCGACCUCGCAGCAACUCCCAUAUUUAGAAUGUGGAUCGGUGUCGCAGAGUACCUCUUUCGCUCGCCGAAUCGGCUGGACUCUGCUAUUCGUUCAGCUGUGUACGACGUCACCCACCGCUCAGAUGAUCUCGAAUUCGUUAUAGCCGCACGUGGGUGGAGUCAGUGUGUAUCAUUUGGGAGCUUCGAGUUGUAUAAACGCCGGUUCUUGGAGACCGCGUCGUUCUUUGAGAGCAGAUUUGAGGAGGCGAGCGCAAUUGGUUCGGAGAUGAUCAAGGCUAUUUCGCAGAGUUAGGGUCGAGGAUUUUUUGAGGUAAUCGUUUUUAUGCAUUUUUUAUGUAAUAUACUUGCGUCUGGAACAAGUUUCACUAUUUAUACUAGACCGUUCCUUGGGCG